AUGUUGCGUCGAGCAACUAUCUCCGCUUGUAAUUGUCUAUUGAGGCCACCAGAAUGUGCCGGUUACAACAUACAGACUUCUGGUUUCUUUUUUUAUUAUUAUUUUUUUUAAAAAUACUUUUACAGGCGUACAUCAUCAUAAAGAAAGAGAUGAUCUUCAAAGAUUUUUGGGUAUUUCGAGAUCAAAUAAAGCCAAAGCGAAUCGCAAUACUCACGUAAAUGAAAAGAUGUUUCGAAGAGUAUGCAUUUUUUUCAUUUAAAUUAAAACAUUGAAUUUUUUAAAGAUGCGUGGAAGGAAAACAGUUUUAUUAGAACUGCCGGAAGACUCAGACAAAUCGAAAAUGGAUAACAUGACGCCAAACGAAAUUAGGAUCGAACUUUUGAAAAAAGGAGUGAAUCCGUACAAAGAAGCACAGCCUCGUGUUUGGAACGAAGCUCAAAUUACAUUCCAGUCAAUGUGUUUGUCUAUCUUUCCAAAUCUAAUUACUUUUGUUCAUAUUUCCAGAUGGAAUCGCAGAUCCCUACGUUGCUCCCGAAAAGCCGGCUCCUUUUUUUGGAGGUUCUGACAUCGUUGACGGCGUCAAGAUAAAAGCUGAUGAGUUCAAGGUGAACUCAAGAUUUUCAAUAGAAGUUCAGCCGAAGAUUGCAGAACCGACUACAACAUAAAUUCCAUAACUGGAGGAAUGGUAUAAGUAGGAUUCGAAAGAAGCAAGGAUUUGAGAAAUUUGACGUGAAGGUUUUCAAUUUUACUUGAAGAAUACAUUUAAAUUUAUUCAUUAAACUUCAGACGUUCCCAUCGAAAGCUGAUGAUAUCUACGUGAGCGCUCACAAGGCGUUACAAUCUCGGGAUAAAGCUCUCCUAUUAAAGUAUAUAACUGAAUACGCUUUUUGCGGUUUGUUUAUUUGAUUAUUUUUUUCUCGAAUAAAAAAAUGAGUGUUCAGAAAAAUGUGGCCAGAUGCGGAAAAACGGGUCGGUUGUGUUCGAAAUGAUGGAGAGGGUCGAACCUAGCAAAGUACGCUAUCAGCAACUUUUAAAAUUCAUUAUCUUAUUUCCCAUUUUCAGGUAGUAGCCGUCCGAUGUUUCGACAACCCUCCCAAAAGCGGCAACGAUAUCGCGCAGCUGACGGUUCGAAUGCAUACCCGACAGGUUUUUAGGUUGAAAUAUAUAAACUAUCAAGACAAAAGUUUUUAGAAACUCGCCAUUUACGACAGGUUUGGGCGGCUACUUCUUGGUUCUGAAAAUGAACCCAAAGAUGUGAGAUUUCCCGACUUUUUCUUUUCCUUUACAUAUUUAUAAUUUUGUGCUAUGCAGUUUAAACCGCAGCCUUAGUUCAUCUACUUUUGCGUACUAAACAUUUCUGCAAUAUUCGUCCUUUUGCCAAGAGUAAGGAUUAAGGUAGUGGAAUACGUAGUUUUCGAGAACCAUAUUGCGGUGAUCGACGGCGACUGGCGGCUCCAUGGAAAGAUUUAUCCGUCUUGGGUUCCCAUAAAACAGCCGGCCAUUCAAACUUGCCUCCUUUCCGCUUCAGAAGGUCUUCUUUUUUUUCCUAUCCAACAUUAUCUACUUCGUUUCAGUUGAACAAUUGACAACUGUAGCUUCCGAUCUGCCUCUUCGAACAGAAGAAAUGGAAAAGCAACGAAAGAAAGAGAAGAGCGAGGAUGACUGA